UCAUAACAUGUGUUCAAAACAUUGAAAAGUAUUGUUUUCUUAACGUAAGUAUUGCUCACUUUUGAGGACAACUGAAGACAUUGAACACAGAAAUGGCAUUUAGUUUUGAUUUGGCCAAAGAGGUGACUGUCGAGGAAUGCGAUAUGAUAUAUGACACUCAAUUUCAUCCGACAAGACAUAACAUCCUGGCCUUCAGCACAAUCGAGGGUCGCAUCCAAUUAAUCGAUAUGAAUGGCGGGACAAACAACGUGGUAAUGGAUCUGAAGAAACACCAUAAGGGAAGUCCCAUAAGAAAAGUGCGGUUCGCGAGCGACCAGUUUCUGGUGAGCGCCGCUAAAAGUGUGAAACUAUUGGAUUUAAAUACCGGACAAGUGGUCAGAAAAAUAGAUAAUUGCGGACAAAAGAUAUAUUCGCUGCUAAUUGUGGACAACUAUCUGUUAUGCAUCGGUGACGACACCGGAGUCUUCAAGGGUUUCGACUAUCGUAUAGAUCGCGGCGUUUAUAUGGAAGUGAAAGAAUGCGAUGAAUAUAUUAGUGAUUUAGACAUCGAUGAGUCUAAGCGUAUGGUUGUGGCCACUUCUGGAGACGGCACUCUCUCCGCGUUCAACGUUAGGGCCAAACGCAUGGAACUACAGUCCGAACUCUUUGACGCAGGCUUUCAGUCCAUUCGGUAUAUGGAAAGCAAAGGCAAAGUAGUGGUCGGCGCCGAAGACGGAGCGCUCAAUAUAUUCAAUGUUAACCAAUGGGGAAAUAUUAGCGAUAGGUUUCCCAUCCGGGGUAACACCACAAGAGGUCAGGGAAUGUGUAGUAUUGAUGGCAUUGAACUCAUUAAUGACGAGACAAUUGUUGUCGGAUCCUCUGAUGGCAAACUUCGCGCAGUGAGUGUUCAGCCAAACAAAGUGAUCGCAACCAUCGAUGAUUGUGUCUCCGAUCCGCAGAACAUUCAGAAACAUCCGAAACACUUUACCCGAUGUUCUCAAUUGACCACUGCUAACAAUCCUGACUUAAUGUAA